AUGUCGGUUGGUCGUUAUGAACAUUUUGUAAAUGACAGAGAUUUAAAAGAGUUGCAUAAUUCGACAGAAAGCAAGAACACCCGCAAGAACACAAAUUGGUCUGUAACUACGUUUAACGACUGGCGUUCCGCUCGGAUGUUGACAACAGGCGACCAGAUUUCGGAUAUUCUGUCGUUCUCUGCAGAAGAACUUAAUUUUUGGUUGUCAAGAUUCGUUGUUGAAACGCGACGCAAAGAUGGCAAAGCGUACCCUCCCAAAACACUUUACAUGCUUUGCACUGGACUUUUAAGACAUUUACGAGAAAACGGUGUGCAUUUGAAUUUUCUUGAUGAAAAGAAUUCCCAAUUUUACGAAUUCCGGAAGACUCUUAGCGCAGGAAUGGCAGAACUUACCGCACAAGGAGUGGGGACGUCUACAAAGCAGGCCGAGCCGAUUUCUGAAGAGGCAGAAAACGUUCUUUGGGAAAAGGGUCUCCUCGGCAACAAUACGGGAGAAUCUAUGUUAAAUACUGUCUUUUUCUACAAUUGCAAACUGUUCGGACUGAGGGCUGUUGACGAGCACAAAACAUUAUCUGUUGACCAGUUUGAGUUAGGUCAAGACCAGAAGGGCAAGUUUAUAAAUUUCACAGGAAGGGCAAAUAAGACAUACAAAGGUGGAUUGUAUCAGAGACGUGAGCGCGAAAUCGAUAAGACAUCACUUCCAGGGCGAAAAAGUCUACAAUAUCUAUCAGGAACACUUCAGUCUGGUGGUGAUUAA